UCACAUCCCAUACCUAUCAUACAUCUCUCUCUCAUUGUUAUCUGCUUAAACUCUCACUCUAUUGUUACUAUUUGUUAGCUGUUUUUAUAGUACGUACGUACGUGUCUAAAAAAGACAAAAAUGGAGAAAGCACCCGAAGAACAGCACCCGGUGAAGGCCUUUGGAUGGGCAGCUAGAGAUUCUUCUGGCCUUCUCUCGCCUUUUAAAUUCUCCAGAAGGGCAACCGGAGACAAGGAUGUAAGGUUCAAAGUUCUUUAUUGUGGGAUAUGCCACUCCGACCUUCACAAGAUCAAAAACGAGUGGGGUAGUUCCAAAUACCCACUUGUUCCUGGGCACGAAAUUGUUGGGGAAGUGACAGAAGUAGGGAACGAGGUGAAGAAAGUUAAAGUGGGAGACAAAGUGGGAGUGGGAUGCGUGGUUGGUGCAUGCCACUCUUGCGAGAACUGCAACAAUGACCUUGAAAUUUACUGUCCCCAAACGAUACUGACAUAUGAUCACAUAUACCAUGAUGGCACAAUUACAUACGGAGGCUACUCAGACACUAUGGUAGCUAAUGAGCGCUACAUCAUUCGAUUCCCUGAAAACUUACCACUCGAUGCUAGUGCUCCCCUUCUUUGUGCUGGGAUUACACUUUACAGUCCUUUGAAAUAUUAUGGGUUAGCAGAGCCUGGUAAACACAUUGGGAUUGUUGGCCUAGGUGGACUUGGUCAUGUGGGUGUUAAAUUUGCCAAGGCUUUCGGAGCAAAAGUGACUGUAAUUAGUACCUCCGCCAACAAGAAAGAUGAAGCUCUGGGGCAUCUUGGUGCUGACUCGUUCUUAAAUAGUCGUGACCAAGAACAAUUACAGGCUGCCCAGGGCACGUUUGAUGGAAUACUGGAUACAGUAUCUGCUGUGCAUUCUAUUCAGCCCUUAAUUGGUCUAUUAAAGUCUCAUGGAAAGCUUGUUAUGUUGGGUGCACCAGAGAAACCGCUUGAGCUACCAGUCUUUCCUCUACUUAUGGGAAGAAAAAUGGUUGCGGGGAGUGCCACUGGAGGAUUGAAGGAAACACAAGAGAUGAUAGAUUUUGCUGCAAAACAUAACAUCACAGCAGACAUUGAGCUUAUUCCAAUAGACUACCUUAACAAGGCAAUGGAGCGUCUUGCUAAGGGUGAUGUAAGAUACCGAUUUGUCAUUGACAUUGGAAACAGCUUGGCUUCUACCAACCAUUGAAGAAUACCUUAAUCUGCAUGUUUUGGUUUCUUUGUAUUUGUUCCAAGAGUGUGUUUAAAUGCUCACUAUUUAGCUGCUUCUAUCUCUAGCUGCCAAAACGAGGUUGUCCUUCUUGCGUGAUAAUUUAUCAACGUGGAAUAAGAAAGCAUUUUCCUAUUUCUGUCUUCUUAAAUUUCUAUUACAGUGUAAUAAAUCUGGUUGUUCUUA